AUGUCGCGCCAACUCAUUUCCAGCGAGAAGUUCCCAACCAAGCCGCACAACUGCCCCGCGGUCAAAGUCCCCGGCCUCGUCUUCUGCGCCGGCCAGACCGCAACAGGCGAGAUCGGAGCCGCAACCAGAACAGUUCUCCGGAACUUGAAGGAGGUCCUCGAGCUUGCCGGCUCCUCGCUCGAGCAGGUCGUCAAGUAUAACGUCUAUCUCGCCGACAUGAAGGACUUCGCCGCCAUGAAUGAGGUGUACAUUGAUUUCCUCCCGCAGCCGAUGCCAGCGCGCUCGUGCUUGCAGGCUGUUGCGCCGGGAAACGGCACGGUGAUUGAGAUUGAAUGUAUCGCACAGGCUUAAAUUUAGAUGGCUUCGAGGGGGGUUCAUUGCAUGGUGUAUAUAGAUGGGAUAAAAGUAUUCAACAGUAUCCUCUUUUCGGUCGGUUCCUGCUUCUCGUAUGAAGGUUUUCCGUGAUACUCGAGUGCAUGCUCUUGAAGAUGUGGCACAAAGUUCUUGAUAAGUUACAACUUUACAGCCAGUCUUUAGACAUUGCCACAGGUAUAAUGUAUUUUAUG